UGAAUUUAUGGCGAGAGCUGUUAGGCGAGAAAGAAUAUUCAGGGAUCGCACUAACCCGCUGAAAAUGUAUAACCAAGAUGAAUUUAUCAAUCGGUUUCGUUUGCCCAAAGAAGCCAUCCUAAGGCUGACCGAUGACUUGUCAGACUCACUGGGGCCUACAACAGCAAGGAGUCACAGCAUUCCAGCUCUGCUACAGGUUUGCACUGCAGUAAGAUUUUAUGCAACAGGCAGUUUUUUAAAUACUGUUGGUGAUACUCUGGGUUUAAGCAAAGCCUCUGUGUCCCGAGUGGUGCACAGGGUGUCAAGUACCCUCUCAGAUAAGCUUCCAAAAUUCCCAACACAACCUGCAGAGUUGAACAGCAUUAAGAGGGGAUUCUUCAAUGUUGCAAGGUUCCCCAACGUAAUAGGGGCCAUUGACGGGACACAUGUCCGAAUCCAGGCACCAUCGGACCAUGAACAUUUGUUUGUGAACAGGAAGGGAUAUCACAGCCUCAACAUUCAAGCUGUUUGCGAUUCAAACCUAAAGUUUCUUAAUUGUGUGGCCCGCUGGCCUGGAUCGUGUCAUGAUUCGAGAGUCCUACAAAAUUCUCAGCUUUACCAGGCAUUCGAGGAUGGCAUUAUUGAUGGAAUCUUGUUGGGUGAUUCUGGAUACCCGCUGAAGCCAUGGCUCCUUACUCCCUUCUUGAAUCCUACCACACCAGCACAGAGGAAUUACAAUGCAGCUCACUGUUCUACUCGAAACACAGUUGAGAGGGCAUUUGGGGUUCUCAAAAGGCGGUUCCACUGUCUCCAUGGGGAACUGAGGAUGAUACCUCAGAGAGUGUGCAACAUUGUAUGUUCGGCUGUUGUUCUACACAACAUUGCAAGGUAGGCCUACCUAACCAAACAUAACAUUUUCAGACACUGGCCUUCCAUAAACAUAUUUAACUAACCACACA